AUGCAUUUACCUGUACUCCCUCUACUUCUUACGGCCGGUGCUGUCACUGCUAUGCCGGCCGUCUCUCGUGCUCAGGGCAAGACCGUCGUGUCAAACAUCCAGGUGGGACCGCGUCCUUUCUACCUGGUAGACGACAUGAAUGAGAGCCCGUUGAAGCAGAAAUUGGCUUCCUGCAGCGAGAAGCCCAUCGAGAAAGCGCCAGCCUUCUCUAUCUCCCACCGUGGAGGGCCCUUACAGUUCCCCGAGCACAGUCGCCAGGGUAUGCUCGCGGGCGCGCGAAUGGGGGCCGGAAUCAUCGAAUGCGACGUUGCCUUCACAAAGGACCGCGAGCUCGUUUGUCGCCAUUCGCAGUGCGAUCUACACACCACCACCAACAUCCUGAUGAUCCCGGAACUAGCGGCCAAGUGCUCCAAACCAUUUACCCCGGCCACGGCGAGCCAGCCGGCGUCCGCUCAAUGCUGCACUUCCGACAUCACUCUCGCCGAGUUCAAGUCCCUUUGUGCGAAGAUGGACUCCAGCAAUGCCGCAGCGACCACACCGCAGGAAUAUCAGUACGGAGGUCCGGCCUGGCGCACCGAGCUGUACGACACUUGUGCCGAACCGAUGGAACAUAACGAAUACAUUGAGUUGAUCGACUCGCUUGGGCUGCAGCUCUCCCCCGAGCUAAAGACACCGGCUGUCGCCAUGCCCUUCCAGGGCUCCUACACUCAGGAGAUGUAUGCGCAGCAGCUCAUCGACGACUACAAGCGUCAUGGCAUUGAUCCCGGUCGCGUGUGGCCCCAAUCUUUCCUCCAGGCCGACAUCCUGUACUGGAUCGACAACGAGCCCUCGUUCGGCCGACAGGCUAUCUACCUGGAUGACCGUGUGGACACAAAAGACGGCUACCAGACAGCGGUGGACAGCCUGCCCGAGCUGGCCAAGCGCGGGGUGAAGAUUAUGGCGCCUCCGAUCUUUGCGCUGCUGAAUGCGACCGCUGACGGCGAGAUCGUCCCGUCCGAGUACGCCGUCGCAGCGAAGGAUGCGGGCUUAGAUCUUAUCACCUGGUCCUUGGAACGCUCGGGGCCCUUACAGCAGGCGGCGAAGACGUCUGAGUACUACGUGCAGUCGGUGGCAUCGGCGAUUAGCAAGGAUGGGGAUCUGUAUCGCAUCGUGGAUGUAUUGGCGCGCAAAGUCGGAGUGCGAGGGAUCUUCUCGGAUUGGCCUGCGACGGUAACUUAUUAUGCUAAUUGCAUGGGGCUCAACUGA